UUGAUCACAGAUUUUCCUUCUGUUCUUCCUCCCAUUUUGGAAACAAGGACUCCAUCACCAUGAAGGUCUUCAUCCUCGCCUGCCUGGUGGCUGCUGCAGUAGCAGUUCCCGUGAGCACGGAAUUUGACAAGCUGUUGGUUAAGGACCUUCCUACCAUCUUCUCCAGUGAGUGGGAGCAAUUUCUGAGACAUCCAGAGGUUUACGUGCCCCUUGAGGUGCCUGUCAAUAAGUUUGUUGAGAGACACCCCUUUAGAAACAUUUUGUUUCCUGAAGAACUGCCUGAGGCCUAUCAACCUAUCGAGAAGGAAGACAGCAGCUCCUCCAGUGAGGAAACUGUCCAAGUACCCGUUGAAAAGCACCUUCUGAGACUGAGGAAACUCCACGUGCCCCAGAAGCUCCGGCCCCUCAGAUUCUAUCCUAACCACCAAGUUCCAUUUCAACGGCACCCCCUCCCUUAUGCCGGACUCCAGGUCCACCAACCAGUGGAAGUACCCUUCCCUCUUCCGGUUCAGUACUGAAUGAAACCCACACUUUUGGCCUCUGAUUCCACUGAUAGCUCCAGUCUGUGUAUGCAAUCUCUCAUCUAUCUGUGUUCAAGAUGUAGCACCAUGUUACUUACAAACUUUGCCAAACGAUUUUAGGUGGUGACAUGGAUGGGAAAGAAAACCAUGCUUCUUUGCGCUUUCUACUAUGUAUUGUUCCACAUCCUUUCUUUUCAUUCAUACUGGAUGUACUGUCUUGAAAUCUGAGUUCCAUCACAGUAGGAAUUUCAUGCGAAAACGCUGAGACUAUUUGAUCUGUUUACACUACCGUUUCUCACAGUUGUAUACAGUAAGCAUGUUUCUCUUUCCAAUAAAUGAUCUCUUCAGGC